AUGAUAGAACAAGGUAAGUUCAGUAUUAGAGUUUAAUAGAAGUGUUUUAGUAAAUAAUACGUCCCGUAGCCAGGACCUAAUUUUAGGGGAUAACGGCUGUUUGUUAGGUUCUAUAAACGAUAGUGUUAAUUCUACUGCUGACAGUAAGUUUUAAAAGUUAUAUUACUUUCGAUUUAGAAGAGAGACAUCUCGGUCGGAUCCUUUUGAGUAUUCCUGAGAGUUGCUGUUCAAAACAAAAAGCAAGUUCUCCUUUUUAUUAUUUUGGUGGAUUCCCAUGGUAGGUAACGGAUGCUUAUAAUAAAGCAUAACUUUAAGGCGUUUGUCGGCCAAGUUGGAGUGUUCAGCGCGAACCAGCAACACCAAUCAUUUCAGCGUGUAUGUGGAUUGUAAUCCGGAAAGUCAGUCUACUCUAUGGUCAUGUGAUGCAGUCAUAGACAUACGAUUGCUUUCCAAGAAAGCGGACACAAAUUGUUAUACAAAGAAGGUGAGUCCAUGAUUUGAGGAUAGACUCUUUCUAGUUUACAAACAAAUUUAGUUUGAAUUCGAAUAAUUGGGGAUUCCCGGCGUUCUUGGAAUGGAAUACAGUCAGAGAUCCGAAGAAUGGUUUUAUACAGGAUGGAGUUAUCGAGUUGGAAGCUCUUAUAGACAUUAGAAAUUGUAUGGGGGUUCGGGAAUUUCCGGAAUUCGAUUUUACAUCAUCCACCCAUUUGACUAACAUGGUGUUAUUGGUUGAAGGCCGGCCUUUGUUCGUAAAUAAAGAUGUAAGCGCGUUUUUGAUUAAUGAAGCUUUUCAGUAUCUAUCGUUAUACUCCCCAGUGUUUGACUCGUUGUUCAACCAAAAUUUUUUGGAGAAGAAUCAAGAAAAGAUUGAACUUCAUGACCUAAAGUAUGAUGAAUUCAAGGAACUGCUUGAAGUGGUCUAUCCGUCACACAAGAAGUUGAAUGCAGAGAACAUAGAAUACAUUUUGAUACUGGCUGACCGUUUCCAGAUCGAUUAUGUCAUCAGAAAAUGUGAAAAGUUUUUAAUCAAGACUACGGAAAUUUCAGCAGAGUUGAAACUUGUCUAUGCAGAUCGGUACGGCUUCCCACAGUUACAGGUAUAUGUUUGUUCAAAUUUUUAAGAUUUUACUUCUAUUUUUAAACCAAUAUUUUUUUAGCAUCAUUGCAUGUCCGAGUUUAAAACCACCGACGAGAUGAAACGUUUAAAGAAAUCGGAAGAAUAUCGGUCGCUCAGCGAUAAAACGAAGGCGGCUUUGCUUGAGAAAAUGUUCAAAUUAUUGUAA